GCUGGUAACAACAUCCCCUACAUUAUUUGCUGUGGCUUUACUACAUUCUAAAAGCUUCAAUUAAACUAUAAUCAUUAACAACACCUGCCAAAAAUGGAAACUCAUUUUAGAGUUGUUUUACAGCUAGCCUGUUCAUUUGAUGUUGCAGUUUGAAAAUACAUCUAGCAGAAGAAAUAGUUGUUUACAGGAAGAAAGUCCUUAUUUUCAGAGGAAAAAGAACUGAAGAAAAGGAUCUCAUGUUAGUAUUUGCAUUUUAACUUAAAAACAUUUUUCCAUGAGGAAGGUUUUUUAACCUUAGGCUAAAAUUGUGAAAGAAUACAUAGGGUGUUUUUUUUUCCCAAAUAAGCUUUUUAGUUUACAACAAACUACCAUUCUGAUUGUCCAGCAGAGCAGAUACUAUACAGAUAAUAUAGUACAGCCAAGACAUACUACAAAAUUAUCACACAUACACAUUAUCUCUUAACAGAUUUAACAGAGAAACUCUAUUCUAAAAAUAUUAUGUAUUGAAAGCUACUAUUAUCCCCUCAGGAAGCUGCACAGACUGUAAAUGUCUGUUAAUGCUGUUUUGUUUUGCUGUUUUAUUGUUGAUUUCUUUUUAAUACAAAUUUAUUUGUAAGUAAAUUCUGCAAGAUCAGAAGACAGCAGACAGUAACUGUACAAUUAAGCAUCUGAGCCUGGAGUACAGAAGCCAAUAAAAUCUCUUUUAAGUAGCCUAUCAAAAGCGAGCAUUGGAUACUGAACUGCCCAGUAGCUUGUAACUAUGUUAAACAAGGCCACUGUAUUUAUUUCUUGGCUGUCUGAAUUCACUUGGCUUUAAGAAGUAGGUGGCAUUUGCAUAGAACUUGCAGUCCUCAAGUACAAGACUCUCAAACUGAUCUAGGAAAAGAUACAUGAAGUAAACACUAAGACAAUGGAAAGACCACAUGAGGCUACGAAGAUGGAAAACACUUCUUCCUGCUUUUUCAUGGAAAGAAAGACUCGUGUGAAGGCGAACAGGAAAGAGAUUGUGCUAGCCAAGCUGAGGAAGAGUUUCUCCUGCACACCAAGGAAACUGAAGAACUUUGUAAUGGACUUCUUUCCUGUUUUACGAUGGCUUCCCAAGUACCAGUGCAAAGAGUACAUUUGGGGUGAUGUUAUGUCUGGAUUAGUGAUUGGAAUCAUUUUGGUGCCCCAAGCAAUCGCAUACUCACUACUGGCAGGCCUGAAGCCCAUUUACAGUCUUUACACAUCUUUCUUUGCCAACAUCAUCUAUUUCUUAAUGGGCACAUCUCGUCACGUCUCAGUUGGCAUUUUCAGCUUGAUAAGUUUAAUGGUGGGACAAGUUGUGGACCGAGAACUUCUCUUAGCUGGCUUUGAUUUAAAUGAUGACGCCACACCAGCCUUGGGUCAUGGCUCCCUGCAGACUGACAGCCAGUCCAACAUAACUGUCUUCAAUCUUACCACUGAGGGGAUGAAUGCUGAAUGUGGAAAAGAAUGCUAUGCUAUAGGCAUUGCUACAGCCCUGACAUUUGUGGCUGGAGUGUAUCAGGUUCUAAUGGGAGUCUUUCGUCUGGGUUUUGUAUCUAUUUACCUGUCUGAAUCAGUUCUAGAUGGCUUUGCAACUGGCGCUUCCUUAACAAUUUUAACAGCUCAAGUGAAGUAUUUGAUUGGAAUAAAAAUCCCACGUAGCCAAGGGCACGGGAUGCUUGUUAUUACUUGGAUUAACAUUUUCAGGAACAUUUCUCAGGCUAACAUUUGUGAUAUCAUUACAAGUGCCAUUUGUAUUGUUGUGCUGGUUACUGCUAAGGAACUGGGAGAUCGUUACAAGCAUAAGCUGAAAUUCCCUCUUCCAACAGAGCUGGUAGUUAUUGUUGUGGCAACACUAGUGUCACAUUAUGGAAACUUAAAUGAAGUGUAUUCAUCCAGUGUCUCCGGAGCUAUUCCAACAGGAUUUAUUGCCCCCAAGGUACCACGUUUUGACUUAAUGAUCCGCGUUGCUGUAGAUGCCUUACCUCUUGCUGUAGUCAGCUUUGUCUUCACUGUAUCCCUUUCUGAAAUGUGUGCAAAGAAAUAUGCUUACACUAUCCGAGCCAAUCAGGAAAUGUUUGCUGUAGGGUUCUGCAACAUCAUUCCCUCUUUUUUCCACUCUUUUGCAACAAGUGCAGCUCUGGCGAAAACACUUGUGAAAACAUCUACAGGCUGCCAGACUCAAGUCUCUGGAGUGAUUAGUGCAAUGGUGGUUCUGCUGGUACUACUCUUCUUGGCACCUCUCUUCUACUCCUUGCAGAAGUGCGUCCUGGCUUGUAUCAUCAUUGUCAGCCUUCGAGGAGCUCUAAGAAAGUUCCGAGAUGUGCCAGCACGGUACCAUGUGAAUAAGGUGGACACAGUGGUUUGGGUCGUUACUGUAUCUGCCUCUGCCUUGAUCAGCACAGAAAUAGGGCUAUUAGUUGGCAUUGUUUUCUCCAUGUUAUGCAUCAUUGUUCGGACACAGCAGCCACGGACAGCCCUGCUUGGUCAAAUCCAAGAUACCAACUUUUAUGAGGAUGACUUAGAAUAUGAAAAUCUCUCUUCUGUUCCAAAGGUCAAAAUAUUCCGUUUCGAGGCACCACUCUAUUAUGCCAACAGAAACUAUUUCCUAAAGUCUCUGUACAGAUUGACAGAUCUAGAUCCUAACUUAGAAGCUGCCAGAAGGAAGAAAUAUGAGAAGAAGGAAAAGCAGCAUCUGAAAAAAGAAAAUCAACCAACUGUUAACGGACUGGGCAACAGAGACACCACUCUGCAACUAGUCCCUAAGCAAAUUGACUUCCAAGCCCUUGUUGUAGAUUGUUCGUCCGUCCCAUUUUUGGACACCACUGGAGUUAAUACUCUAAAGGAAAUUCUAAAAGACUACAAGGAGUUAAAUAUUUCUGUUCUCUUAGCUUGCUGUAAUCCCUCAGUGAUAGACUCUCUGAAAAGAGGAGGUUACUUUGGGAAAGAUUUUGGAAGUAUGCAAGAAAUGCUGUUCUACAGUAUACACAAUGCUGUGCAGUUUGCAAAAGACCAAAAGCUUACAGCAGACUGCUCUGUUUAAUCCCAUGUUUUCCUUGAUAAUAUGCUAAAGAAAGUGACAGAUGGAGAAGGGCAGUUUCCAAUGAUUAAGUUAUCAGACACACUGUUGGUUUUGUACAGUAACGGGCCUACAAGACAUUGUUCCCUGAAGAGUUCUGCAAUUUACUGGAUGCCACUUAGAAUAGCCCUUUGGGAUGCAGACCAGGGCCAGGCUGGGACAAGCUGGAUAAUUAUCUGCACCUCAAUUUCAGAAUGUGGGUGAAAAAGAAAUGCAUCUUGGGGCAGUUUUCCUCCUUUUGCCAUUAUGAUACAUGACCAGUAUAUGUGUCAUGAUACUGUUGUGGCUGGAAGUCUGUCAAGAGCCAUCUGCCUCUCCCAGUGGCUUGUGUUAAGAAGGAUGAGCCAUAUAUGCAAACACAAUGGAUCUCUGAUCAUGGACAUAUAAUCAUUUAAACUCUGGCUUGCAAAGUCCUGCCCAUUCCAUCGUUCAAGACAUGCUCUUUAGCAACUCCCACUAUUUGCAAACAAGAAAAUGUAUAAAGUAUUGUGGGAUGUGUUAUACCUCUCCUCAUCAUCCUGAUUGCAUGGGCUUCAUGACACAACUUGCCACAAGUGAAGAAAGCACGGGCUAUCACAAUUUCUCUCAAAACCAUCUUCUCAAGAUAACUUCCUGGAGUCACUUGUGAUAUUGGAACUACCAUAUGUUAAUUAAUUACGGAGGGUUAUCUCAGUAACCUCUAAUAAUACAGGAAGAACCAUGACCUUGAUGCACAAAAGAGAUAUAUGGGAUUAAGAAAACAGAAUGGCUUUUCUGACAAUCAUGCAGUUACCAGAGUAGUUACACCACCCUGUCAAAAUGUGUUAUGGCUGUUGAUGCAACUCUAAUCGAGGGACACACAAGGAUCACUAAAUAUAAACCCCAAGACUGUGAUGCAGCACAUCAUGCCCUUCCUACAACAGCCUGCAAAGGUACAAGGGUAAGCGAAGAAAGUAGGAGAAAAGAGGAUAGAAUGAGAAGUUAAUCUGUGAUCUACCAUGUGGGGGAAUGGUUAGUCAGUCAAAAAUGCCAGGCUGGUACUCUCUGAUGCACUUCUAAUGAAGUAGUACAUAUAGUCCACAGCAGUAUAACUAUCCAAGUAGAACAAUGCUUUAUAAGUUGUACAUCCCCAAACACUAGAAAAAUCUCACCACACUACAGACCAUUCUACAUUGUACUGACUUUUUUUUCCCCACCAUGUAAUUCUUUGAUUAUAGAUCUAAUAAGCCAUGUUUUACAUGUUUGUGUUAAUUUUCAUGACAAUUUGCAUUGAGUUGUUUAUUCUGUAUGGUGUCAAAUGAUACCCUCAGAGUCAGUUUUGUUGUUUUAUAUGUAUGCUCUCUCUAUACAAAUAAGCAUACAUCUAGGUUUUGAUUCUAGUUAUACUGAUUCUAGUACUGUUGGUACUUAGUGUUCUAGCAUUGACAGAAAACUCUUUGUUACACUGAGGUCUAAAAUUACCCGCAUGAAAGGGAGGACAGCUGCCCUACCUUUCUCUACUUAUUCAUGGCUGGUUCACAUGUGGAACCAAGCAGAGAAGGAAACUGUCACACUUGUACUUUGUACACUUAGCAGACACCAGAAAUAGGUUACAUGUAUGCUGAAACUAUUUCUUAGAUAUACCAUUAAAACAAAUGCCACUUCGACACAUCACGUGAUUUGCUUAUUUCAACUUUCAGGUCACUGAAUGGAAGAACAAUCUAACUGAGGUUCUCCAGGUGCCCCAGAGCCUGUUUGGCUCUCAAGAACAUGUAUUUCACUUUAAAAAAAAAAAAAAAAAAAAAAAAAACUACAUUCCCAAAAGACAAAAUAAAAGUGUCUUAAUAGGAAUUGAGAGUAGCACAAUAUUAGGUAAGUGACUCAAUGCUGACAUGCUCAUGCAUUCAUUACAGAAAAGUCAAUCAACUGUAUACUGCUAGCACUGCCAGAGCAGUAAAGCCUGACAGAAAUGCCUGUCUAGAUAUUACAAGAUUGACCACUGGCAGCCAAUUCCUGCCAUAAAACAAUUAAAUAAUAUAAUUAUUUAAAGUGCUGACUUGAUACGACUGGCUUAUUUUAUUUCAUAAAAACAAAUGGACAAAGUCCAAGGACAAAGUGUUGUAUUUAUUUUUAUUUGCAAUCAUUCUUUGAUCUGGGAGUAUCUCUUUUAAUGUUUCGCCAGGAAGUGGGUUCACAAGAAUUAGUGCUACACAAUUGGUAACAGUACAGACAAUUUUAGGCUGCUGUGACCAAGUAAGCUGCUGUUGGAAGUAAACUUAAAUUUUUUCAAUAGAAAAGAAAAACAUUUCCUAGCAAUCUACACUUCUUUAUCUUCAUGAAUCAAGUUACCAACCUAGAACAUAAAAGGGAAAAAAUAUAAAUUCCUUUGACUCUUUAUGAAUCUCAUCUUAGAAAAGAAAAAAAAAAAAAAGAAAGAAAAACAACUAUCCCCAUGGAAAGUGUAUGCUUGCAACAACCUCUGGGGAUAAGCAGAAGUUGCCAAUGCAGUCCUUUUUUACCCAUCAGACUGAGAAAUUAAGUCAGAAGCUAUUUUUCAUCAUAUUUUUGGCACCAAAGGAGAGCAGAAAAACUCUUCUAUGCAUAAGAAGAGGCUUGAGCUUUAGUACUUUUACUAGAAGGAAACCAUCAACCGGAAGAAAGUUUAAGAACCAUUACCUGUUUGAUUGACAGAUCUGGCUCAUAAUCAAGUCGAGUAGGACAGCAUAAAACACAGCAGGGAAAUGGCCUUCAGUGUGAUGAUGUAGGGAUGCUCGGAGACCAUGAAUUACUUCAGAGUACAAAAAAUGUCACUUAAAAAAAAGUAAGCCCUUUUCCAGCAGGUUAAUGUUUGCUAUACUGCACUGCAUCAAGAUUAAGCAUAUGACUGAAAAUGUUACAAACUGCCAAUUCUCUUCUCUCCUAUUGUACCAUGAACUAUGUACUGUGACUUGGGAGAGGAACUGGGGAUAUUAUUGUAAUUCCAACUAGGUUAAUACUAAUUUUGAAAUAAAAUUGUUAUAUGACUACUAGAAAAUGUUAUAUCUAUCAUGUAUAUUACAAUAUUUUUGUUCACUAUGGUGCCUUGCACAGAUCAUAUAUCCAACAAACUUUAGUACAGCUACUUAACAAUAGGGACAGGACCUUAUCUUGAGGACUGUGUGAUUCCCAUGGAGCUGGGCACAGAGUUGAGAGUAUGUACCUCCAACUCUCCUCUUGCUUAUUGGCAGGACAGCCAGAAUAUGUUGUCUAGGUUCCAGAAAUAGCUACAUUUACUGGGACUGCCAAACAUCCUGAGAACUGUCCAGUCCAUGAAAGAAACUUUGAGUUCGUGUGUAACCAUGAAUCCUGUGUCUCAUGACGUGAAUGUAAACGUGUGUUUUUGGCUGAAAAAUAAAAAUAGCAGUUCUUCAA